AUGAGUUUUCUGUGUCUUUGGCUUGAGAGAGAAGAGAAUAUAUCGUGUGGAUUAAAAAUGUUCCUUCUUCUGAGUUUUAUUAUUGCAGGUAUUACAGCAGAGGAGUCACCAGUGAUGCAUUACUGUCUGAAAAACAGCUCAAUAUGUCUUCAUAUUCAAAAUCCACCAUCACCACCAUAUCAAAAUAGUCAGUGGUCAUUUGCUGGAAAAGUCAUUGCAUCAUCAGCAUCCAUCAACCCCGACUACAGAAACAAAGUGGAUUAUGACCCUGAGAACCUAACCUUGUGUGUGCACAAUCUGACUGAGACAGACAGUGGCAUCUAUGAAGUCUCAUUCUACGACUCUAAGUUUAAUGUUUUCCGUAACUCUCACAAAGUCAUUGUUCAAGAAGCUGUUCCCACACCUGUGAUCAGGAUGUCAGUGCAGCAGUCCAACCUGUCUGCUGCACUCUGCAACGUCACAGUCAACUGCUCCAUCCAGGGAGACUGGGUGUGGUCUGUCUGUGAUGACAACGGCUGCAAAACUUCUUCGAAAUCAUUGAUCAAGGUCAACAUAUCCAUCUACACUGAGAUAAAAACUGUUGUCUGCAGUGGCAACAACUAUGUCAGCAUGAGCAAUGUUUCUGAAAACAUUCCGAAUACAUGCCUCAGUAAAUCUAACCUUGACCACGAAGAAGCAUCACCACCACCCAUCACAAUCCUUUUCAUAAUACCACAGACAUCCAACGCAGAGUUGACACGAUGCCAGUCAGUGGAGACAGGAUCUGUACCUAGACCCAGGGUCUCUACCUCUUCAAGUCAAGCUGAUGUCACUUAUGAAAAUGUUGAUGGACUAUGUGACAUCCAGCCUAGAAACCCAACCAUCCGCCCGAAUGAGGAAUCGUGUGCCCAGCAAAGUCAGACAGUUGAUACGGUUUACAGUGUUUUACAGGCACCGGUUGUGACACAGCCUCAGGGCAAGAGUGACAGCAGUAAAGAGACGAAAGGACACAAGGAGACGCAAGAGGCUUUAGAGUCUGUUCGCCUGGAUGAAGCCGAGCAGAUCAGACAGAUUGACACAGUGUACAGUGUGUUGAAAAAGCCAAAAAGUCUGAAGUCACAACAUCAUCAACAGGCUGAAUAA